AUGGCCGACCUAGGAGGCCAACAGGGCCGGAAUUACCGGCCUUACGGCCAUGCCUCCUCUUUCCAGCGCGAUGCUGCAUUUUCCGAGAUUUUUGGUGGUGCUCCGCCACCUGGACGCUCUCAAACAAUGACCUCGCAGACAGCUCAAUUUUCUCAGGAUCGCGCCCACACAAUGUCCUCGCAUGUGCCGCACCCUCAUAUGCAAAGACCUCCGCCGCAGCCGGCACGCCAAGCGCCCAAUGGCUACCCACCUUCAGCUCCAAAUGGGCAAUACCAAGCAUAUCCUGGAGGCUCAGCUGUGCCUCCCCAACAUCCUUCUCAGAACCCGCCUCGACCAUAUCCUGGGCGUUACGUCUAUCCCCAACCUCAGCGACUGGAUUCCAGACCAAGUGCCGGCCCGCAAUACCCUGAUCCAAAGGGAUAUGGCCGGCCGAUGCCUCCCCCCGCCUUGAAUUCCGAUGCUUUUAGAUCACGGUCAAUGGCGCGAAUGGGUGGCCCUCCAGUGUAUCAGCAGCCACCGCCGAGCAGCUUCAACCACACUUCUGCGACUGCUUUCCGCCAGCAGCCCUAUAGUCCAGCGAAUCCUGUUACAGACCAGGGUCGUGUCGUGCCGUUGAGGCACGGGAAUGAACGCGCCAUGUCGCUGACUUCCUACUCUACAGACCGUGAUCACUCCCAUACCACGAGCACGGGCAGGGUGAUUCCUACAAGGAGACAGCCAUCUGGACCAAGUCAAUCUCCGGUGAAUAAUUUCGACCCCGAACCCGUGGACGCUCACAACGUGAAUGGUAGAUCGCGGCCUCCUAGUGAUGGAUCGACCAAUUCGCGUUCGAUGUCGAUGGCGUCAACUGUUGUACCGGACCGAGCUAUGAGCAUGCAAAGUCAAUUGACGCAGAAGCCUAGUCAGACUGGCACACUUGUCCCGAGCAAUUCGCGUCGAAGCAAAGUGCCCCUGGUGUAUCCCGCUCUACUAUCACGAGUGGCGGAUGUUUUCCGUGAGAGGAUUCCGCUUGGUGAACGACAGAAGAACGGCUUAUCUUAUCAAAAUGCAUUUUCUGGUGCGGAGGCAGUCGAUUUGAUCGCACACAUUAUCAAGACAAACGAUCGGAAUCUGGCUCUUCUAUUAGGAAGGGCGCUCGACGCGCAAAAGUUUUUCCAUGACGUGACAUAUGACCAUCGUUUACGAGAUGCCCCUGGUGAGAUUUAUCAGUUCAAGGAGACAAUGGGUGAAGAAACCCCUAGCUCAGAGGUCAACGGAGUUUUCACGCUUUUGACGGAAUGUUACUCGCCUACAUGUACGCGCGAUAGUCUAUGCUAUUCCAUCGCUUGCCCCAGACGGUUGGAACAGCAAGCACGAUUGAAUCUGAAGCCGCAACCUGGAUUACGGUCGUCCACAUCUAAAGGUAGCCUUCAUGGCGAUGAGGAUAACGACAAUCAAAAACUCUGGAUCAAUAUGGUUCCCAAGGAGAUUUCUGAUGCCAUUGAUGAUCGUGAAAAGAAACGCCAGGAAAUUAUAUUCGAGAUUAUGUACACGGAACGCGACUUCGUCAAGGAUUUGGAGUACCUUCGAGAUUUCUGGAUGAGACCCUUACGCUCAGCAGGCAAUGCGAACAUGUCCCCCAUUCCAGAACAUCGGCGAGAGAAGUUCAUCCGCACGGUAUUUGGAAACUGCUUGGAAGUUCUGAAAGUCAACGGCGCUUUAUGUGAAGCGCUCAAUUCCAGACAGAAGGAGAGCCACGUAGUGAAGACUGUUGGUGAUAUCUUCCUGCAGCAUGUCCCGAACUUUGACCCCUUCAUCAAAUACGGUGCCAACCAGCUUUAUGGAAAAUAUGAGUUUGAGAAGGAGAAGGCUUCCAACCCCGCUUUUGCCAGAUUCGUCGAAGAAACAGAACGAUUGAAGGAAUCGCGUAAGCUGGAGCUGAAUGGAUACUUAACCAAGCCUACGACACGUCUCGCUCGGUAUCCAUUGCUUCUUGAACAAGUCUUGAAGAAUACGAGCGACGACAAUAUGGAUAAAGAAGACAUCCCCAAGGCCGUCAAACUCAUUAAAGACUUCUUGUCUCGCGUCAAUACUGAGAGUGGAAGGGCUGAGAAUCACUUCAAUCUCGUGCAGCUGAACUCUGCUCUCAAGUUCAACCCUGGGGACUACGUCGAUCUGAAACUGACAGAAGAAAACCGCCAGAUGCUUACGAAAAUGGCGUUCAGGAAAGCUCCGACAGAUAGCUCCGAAGUGACCGCGUAUCUUUUUGACCAUGCGGUCUUACUUGUGAGAAUCAAAGUCGUCAACAAGCGGGAGGAAUAUCGUGUUUAUCGAAAACCCAUCCCCCUUGAACUUUUGGUCAUUGCUCAGAUGGAUGAAGUGAUUCCAAGAGUUGGCAUUGCCAAGAGACCCUCAUCAAGUCUACUUUCCAAUAAGCCUGUGGUCAAUCCGCCCAGCACAAAGGACGGCCUUCCAAUCACCUUCAGGCAUCUUGGCAAGGGUGGCUAUGAGCAAACACUCUAUGCCACAUCGCCAACGCAACGAAGGAAGUUCAUUGAGAUGGUAGAGGAACAGCAGAGGAAGCUUAGAGAGCGGAACAGCAACUUUUACAACAAGAACGUUCUAUGUUCCAAUUUCUUCACGUCGAUGAACCGUGUGAACUGCCUUGUUCCUGUCGAUGGAGGUAGGAAAUUGGUAUACGGCACUGACAGUGGUAUCUUCAUAUCGGAGCGUUGGCCUAAGGAUAAGUCUGCCAAGCCGCGACGUGUACUUGAUGCCAGUCAGGUGACUCAAAUCGAUACUUUGGAAGAGUACCAAUUGCUUCUUGUUCUGUCGAACAAGACCUUAUCGUCCUAUCCGAUGGAGGCACUUGAGCUUGGAGAAGGUCAAAACUCGAUGGCCAAACGGCCGAAGAAGAUCCAGGGUCACGCCAAUUUCUUCAAGGCAGGGAUUGGACUGGGACGCCAUCUGGUGUGUUCUGUCAAGACAUCUGCUCUAUCCUCAACAAUCAAGGUCUAUGAGCCUAUGGACAAUCUAGCGAAAGGGAAGAAGAAGUCCGCCGUUAGCAAGAUGUUCCAGGGUGGCCAGGACACGCUCAAACCUUUCAAGGAAUAUUACAUUCCUGCGGAAUCAUCGUCCAUUCAUUUCCUUCGCUCGACUCUUUGCGUUGGCUGUGCCCGUGGCUUCGAGGUCGUUAGCCUUGAGACCACUGAGACGCAGUCUCUCCUGGACCAGGCAGAUACCUCGCUUGAUUUUGUUCAACGCAAGGAAAAUGUGAAGCCCAUUCACAUCGAGCGAAUGAACGGAGAAUUCCUGCUCAAUUACAGCGACUUCUCCUUCUUUGUCAACCGAAACGGGUGGCGCGCUCGUCCUGACUGGAAGAUCUCAUGGGAGGGCAAUCCUAAUGCAUUUGCAUUGUCAUAUCCGUACAUUCUUGCCUUUGAGCCGAAUUUUAUCGAGAUUAGACACAUUGAGACCAGUGAGCUAAUUCAUAUCAUGACCGGGAAGAAUAUUCGCAUGUUACACUCCUCCACAAGAGAGAUUCUGUACGCCUACGAAGAUGAAGGAGGCGAGGAUGUUGUGGCCAGUCUGGAUUUCUGGAACAAGCCACAGCAACACUGA